AACGUCCAAGAUUUUUCGGGUGCAGGUCCGAUACCAGUAGAGUUUACUCCCCUUUACGAAGCGUCAGUUCAGCUGUUGAUAACCGUGAGAAUGUAUAAGUAUUGCGUGUAACUUGUGCGAUUGUUUGUUUUUAGGAAUCAUAUUAGUGAUUUUGGAGAACAGAUUGGCUGAAGACUUACCACUAAGUUGCUGUGAUGGAUCUUGUCCACAAUUGGGGAGUUGAUGUAGUUAGAUUUCUCCAGUCAGAAUUCAAGAACUAUGAUGAGUUGAUGAUGGCAGCUUCACACCUGGGAGAUCCAAGAAAUGCUUUCCUGCUCUACUUCCCUCUAGCCUACUGUCUUCAUAAACCCACAGGAAUCAGGGUACUCUGGCUGGCUAGUCUAUCAGAAUGGAUCAACGCUUUGCUCAAAUGGAUACUUCAUGGGGAAAGACCUUACUGGUGGGUGCUAGACCCUAGAACACAUCACAGUGAACACGCACAGUUACAGCAGUAUAGACUCACCUGUGAAACUGGGCCAGGCAGUCCUUCAGGUCAUGCAAUGGUAACCUCAUCAGUUGUGUUCUGUUUGGUUCUUUCCACAAUUCAAAACACAAGACCACGGAUAUUUCUACAGUAUGUGAUAUGGUCAGUUUUUGCUGUAUUUAUGUUUGCUGUCAAUGUCUCAAGAUUGUUCAUUGCCACUCAUUUUCCACAUCAGGUGAUUUUAGGAACAUUAUUAGGUAUCAUUUUAACAUUGCUGGUGUACAAGAUAGACCUGCAACACUUAAAAUUGUCUCGCUGUGUGACUGCAUCAUUCUUAAUGCCAACAAGCUGUAUAGUGACGUUCUAUUUGUUGAAAUGGUGUGGCCUUGACCCUCAGUGGUCCAUCUCCUUGGCAACCAAGUACUGUGCUUAUUCAGAAUGGAUUCAUCUGGACACCACAUUGUUCAAUGCCGUUUAUAGAGAUGCUGGAAGUGUUUUAGGGUAUGGAACUUUCAUGUUUGGAUUCACCAGAUUACUGAGAACUGAAAAUGGUAUAAGUGACAAGAAAGGAGGGAAAACAGAUUCUGACUCUUUAGAAAAUGCAUCAUGUAGAACAGUAUGGCUAAAAAUGCCAAAUAUUAUUCUGUCUUUACUAGUCUGUCAAAUAGGAGAGAAUAUGAAGCCGGGACUUCAUUCAGCAGAGUUUUAUUAUUUUGUGACUUACCUUAAGUUCUGUAUUCUUGUUAUUCUAGUCAUGUUUACAGCUUCUUUUGACUUUUUAAAACAGGAUAAAUGUAUACAACAGAAGAAUAAAUGAUUUUAUUAUUUACAUUUAUAUCUGAACAUGAACAUCAUGGUUAUAUCAAAGAGCUUUAAAGCAAAAUGA